AUGCUAUAGAGAUCCAUGUAAGUCUUACUAUUCUCUACUAUUUUGACUGUGACUUCAGUAUCAGCCUAAAAUUCAUUCCUGAAGGAAGAUAAUCAAAUUGAUAAACUAGAGCAAACUCUUUAAAAUAACAAUCAACCGAAUCAAAUUCAUUCCAAUUAUAAAUCUGGGCAAAGAGUUGAAGGAUUUAUAGGUUGUCAAUUGUGUAAACUAGGUGUCUCAGAAAUCGAUAAACUAUUUACUUCUACAUCAGCAGUAGAUAUCCUAGAAAAGGUAGCUACUUUAAUUUGUGCAGAUUUCGUUAUGACUACGAAUAGUACUGUUUGCCAUGGUGCGGUAAAAGAAAUGGGUGAUAUUAUAGUUCCAGUUAUUGCCCAAUCAAUCCUAUCUCCAGACUACUUCUGCUCUGAGUUUCUUACUCAAUGCUCAAACAGCAGCUACUACAUCUUUGAAGCUGAUCAAUUCGUUUCAGACUUAUUAAAAACUAAACCUGAUUCCAUCAAGGAUAACGAAUAUCUUAAUAAUCUAUACAAUUCAAUACAAGGAUCUUAAAGAAAAACUCUCAAGGUUGUUUAAAUUGCUGAUCCUCAUGUUGAUUUCGCCUACGCUGUUGGAGCUGAUGCUCAAUGUAAUAUGCCAUUAUGUUGCAGAGCUGAGAACGGUUUUCCAACUGAGCCCUCAAGACAAGCUGAAUAAUGGGGCAGCUACCUAUGUGAUAUACCACCUACUGUCCUUGAACACAUGCUCAACUUUGUUAGAACAGAUGUGUAACCUGAUUUGCUAUUAUGGACUGGUGAUAACUCCCCUCACAAUGUCUGGGAAAAUAGCAACUCAGAGGUUGCUAAUGCAACAACUAACAUUACAAAAAUGAUCAAGCAAGCUUUCAAGGGCUCAAAUAUCACUGUAUACCCCAUAAUUGGCAAUCAUGAUACUUGGCCAGUUAACGUUUAAGAUUUUGAUUUCGCUAAUUCAAAUAUUCAAAUUAAUGCAAUUGCAGAAAGUUGGAUUGAAUGGCUUGACUCAGAAACUCUAACAAAUUUUGCCAAAUUCGGAUACUACUCUUAAGUUUUGAAACUUAAGGAUGGUAGAGUUUUCCCAAACACCAAGGUCAUUGCCAUUAAUACCUAGGCUUGCAACAACCAAAAUUGGGAAUUAAUCAAGAACAGGUAUGAUCCAGGUAAUGAAAUAGAAUGGCUCUAAGCUGAGCUUGCUUCUAUUGAAUAGAUGAAAGGUUAAGCUAUAAUUAUCGCCCAUAUUCCAACUAAUGGUGAUUGUGUGCAUGGGUGGGGUCAUAGAUUCAGAGGUUUAAUGGAAAGAUAUUAGCACAUUGUAAGAUUUAGUUUAUUCGGUCACACUCACGACGAUUCAUUCAGUAUAUCUCAAUCCAUUAUGGACUCUAAAAAUAUUGGUAUCAAUAUUGUAGCUGGAUCAAUGACAUCCUAUCAAAAUAUGAACCCUUCUUUCACUGUCAUUGAAAUAGAUGAAGAGCUCAUGAUUCCUUUGAACAUUUAAACUUACUAUUUCAAUAUUUCUCAGGCUAAUCUUGGCAAACCAGAGUGGAAAGUUCUCCAUGAUUUCACUUAAUACUAUGGCUUGAAAAAUCUUAGUCCAGAUAGUCUUUUCCAACUUGCAUUAUCAAUUAGAAAUAAUGAACAACUCUCUGACCUCUAUGAGUGGAAUAAAGGUAGACAGUAUGGAAAUCCAACUAAAUGUGAUGCUUAAUGCAGACUCAAAGCCUACUGUGACAUAGUAUCAACUGAGUACUUCUAAUAGCAAACUUGCAAGGGCAGACCAACAUAUGACUUUUUAAAAGACCCUGCAACAGCCCUUAUUAAUUUACUUGUGAAUCCUUGGUUAAAGAAAGGCCCUUCUGAAGCCAUUAUUCAAUGA